ACUCAUCGUGAAGAUGUACGGCAAGACACAGGAGCAAAACAUGGAGUUUGAGGCCAUUUAUGAAAGGGACGAAGACACUUCUGCACCUCGAACACGGAGUUACAUCCCGGCUAAAGGAAAAGCUCUACAGUGCAGAGGAAGAAGAUGUUUGGUGUUGAUCACAGUGAGUCUCGGGCUCAUUUGUGUUCUUCUGCUGAUCUUCAUCAUACUGCAGCACAACGCCGUCACAGCAGACAGAGACCUGAUAAAGAGUUACAAGAACACAGCUGAAGAGUUCAAUCAAAGCAUCAACAGCUUACAGGACAAGUACACUGAUCUAAUGACUGAGAAACACCAGCUGCAGAACAACUUCAGCUCUUUGAGUCAGAAGAAACUGGAGCUGGAGACCAAAUUCAAUGAUCUCUCUGUUGAGAAAAGCCAAUUACAGAGGGAUUUUGACUCUUUGGUUCAGAGGAUUCCAGAUUUUGCAUACAAAGUCAAGAGCGAUGAACUGAAUAAGAACGUUUCUAAAGGAGGAAAUCAAUGUAGUCUAGAUGGCUUCUUCAUUUCCAAAAAGGCGAUGAGCUGGUCUGCCAGCAGGCAGUACUGCAGGGAUCGUGGCGGGGAUUUGGUCAUUAUCAACAGUGUAGAGAAGCAGAGGCUCAUGUCUUCACUUGUCAGACUCAGCGAGAGAUCGUGGAUUGGUUUGUCUGACAUAGUGAACGAGGGCAAUUUGACAUGGGUGGAUAAUUCACCACUGAAUAGGGGGUAAGAUGUGAAACGCUCACA